AGCAAUACUUGACUUUGGUUUCCAGAGUUAGAAUGCUACUUAUCCUCAAGAAAUGAAUGUUCAGAUGCUGUUUGUUUCUUCUUUCAAUCAUUCUGAUUCUGGUUCUGGUUGAGGGCGGUGCCUAAGCUAAUAAAGAGAAGAGAAUCCGUGCGUUAAUUAAUGGCGGUGUCCACCCAAAGCGACGACGUUGCGAUACAAGUUCCUCUGGUUGUGGAUAGGAAUGUUCAUGUUGUUGAUAGUGCUGUUGACUACAAAGGUCGACCCGUUAUCAGAUCCAAAUCUGGCUACUGGAGAUCCGCUCGCUUUAUCAUAGGCGUGGAAGUGGCAGAGAGGGUUGCAUACUAUGGGAUUCAGUCGAACCUGAUAUCGUAUCUGACAGGGCCACUCCAUCAGAAUACGGCCACCGCUGCCGAGAAUGUGAAUCUAUGGUCAGGAACUGCUAGCUUACUUCCUCUUUUUGGAGCUUUCGUUGCCGAUUCUUAUCUUGGACGCUACCGCACCAUAAUACUCGCUUCCAUCUUGUACAUUUUGGGACUAGGCUUGUUAACACUAUCAACUAUGCUUCCUUCUCUCGUCAAUUCUGAAUGCCAAGUUAGCAACGAAUUCACGCCAUGCUCUCCUCGAUUGCAAGUAAUCUUGUUCUUUAUUUCACUUUAUCUGGUUGCCAUUGGACAAGGUGGACAUAAGCCCUGUGUUCAGGCUUUUGGGGCAGAUCAAUUCGAUGAGCAGCACCCAGAGGAGCACAAAGCUAGAAGCUCAUUCUUUAAUUGGUGGUAUUUUACUAUGUGUGCAGGUUGCAUGGCAACUCUUUUGAUCUUGAACUAUAUACAGGACAACCUUAGUUGGGCUCUUGGAUUUGGAAUCCCUUGCGUUGCAAUGAUUAUUGCAUUGCUUGUUUUCUUGCUUGGAACAAUGACCUACAGGUUUAACAUUAAGGAGCAUGACAAGAGCCCCUUUCUCAGAAUUGGCCGUGUAUUUGUUGCAGCUAUAAGGAAUAGGCGAGCUACCCUAUCAAGCACGGCUAUAGAAGAGGAACCUGGUCGAAUAUUUGCUCAUCAAAGUUGUGAGCAAUUCAAAUGUCUCAACAAAGCAUUGUUAGCACCGAAGGGUUCUAAAGAAGAGGAGACUUGUAGCCUUGGUGAGGUGGAAGAAGCAAAGGCAGUACUAAGGCUUGUUCCUAUUUGGGCUUCAUGUCUGGUUUAUGCUAUUGUGUUUGCUCAAGUUUUUACUUUCUUUACCAAGCAAGGGGUUACUAUGGACAGAAAAUUAUUUCCGGGCUUUGAUAUACCAGCUGCUUCUCUUCAAACCCUUACCACCCUGGGCAUUGUUCUCUUCACUCCUAUCUAUGACCGUCUUUUUGUGCCUAUAACAAGAGCUAUCACUGGGAAACCCUCAGGCAUCACAAUGUUGCAAAGAAUUGGUACUGGAAUUUUAAUAUCCAUAUUUACAAUAGUACUUGCAGCCCUUGUUGAGAUGAAAAGAUUAAAAACAGCACGAGAGUCCGGUCUUAUUGAUGAACCUGAGGCAACUGUUCCAAUGAGUAUAUGGUGGUUGAUUCCCCAAUAUUUCUUGUUCGGAGUUUCUGAGGUUUUUACCAUGGUUGGUCUGCAGGAAUUUUUCUAUGAUCAGGUCCCAAAUGAACUAAGAAGCAUGGGCCUUGCUCUCUACUUGAGUAUCUUCGGUGUCGGGAGCUUUCUAAGCGGCUUUCUCAUUUCUGUAAUAGAAAAAUUGACUGAGAAAGAUGGACAAGACAGUUGGUUUGCUAAUAAUCUCAAUAAGGCUCAUCUUGAUUACUUUUACUGGCUGAUUGCUGCACUCAGUGUCAUGGGAUUAACUUUGUUCAUUUUCUCUGCAAAAUCUUACACUUAUAAUCACAAAGGAACCACCCGAGGAUAGUUAGUGGUGCUCUUCUGUCAUUUGUGUACAAGUAUUUGGGAUGUAAUCUUUAAU